CCAAACUUCCCCUUAGAUUUCGGCGAAAUCUAUAAUUGCUGAUCAAUAUUUUUUGUUGCCGUUAUCUAUUCUAACACAUAAAUAAGACGUCUGUGGUGAUUUUGCAGAUUGGUCAUCAUAAGACUGUUACCUGACGAUGAACAGGUGCGAGGAAUGAUCUUGUUGUAAAUUAUAUCAAGAUUGCAUACUAAACAGUGACAAAGGAUAUACGUGCAGAAGAUGGGUAUCGACGAGAUCAAAGAGGCUGUUAUAAAGCUAAAAGAAAACUCAGAGAACAUCACUUUGGAGAGUCCAAAGAGUUGGACCACCGCUAAAGACGUGGUCAGCAAGACACAUGGAUGCCUAAAAUCUCUGUUGCAGAUUUUGGAAAACACAGACGAUUCGGAAGAGAACAGAUUUCUAUACAGUAAAGAUAUUUUGCCAGUGACGUUGGACACGGUCCAGUCCGCAAGUGAAUUAGUGAAUCGCCUCUUCAUCCGGGUCACUGAAAGAUUUGAUGUUAGAGAGUCUGAAAUUGUCCAGGAACUAACUGAAAUUCCAGCUGUUAUGGACGAUAUUGCGGGAUUUCUCACACCUGAAAAACCUAUAGAUUUAUCAGAUUCCGCAAACAUCGAAGGGGUAAAGGUAGAAGAGAUAAAAAGUGUCAGAGUGGAUCUUUUUGGAAAAUGUGUAACGUUUGCCAGUUUCAUGUGUGAUAAAUUAAAAUCCCUUUUAGAAGUCAUCAGGGAAUCCAACUGUAGGUCGUUUGAGGCAUUCAAGCCAUUUUUGGUCGGCGGAGUGAAACAGUAUAUGUAUAUUCAGAGAGCAUGCGCAUGUUUAAGAGAACUACUUGAAUUUACAUCAGAUAAGGAAAGACAUCAACACAUGGAGGGAAUGAAGAACUUCUUUGGCAAAAUGAAAGAUAUUUUGAUAGAAGGAAAACGAAUCAUCAACUCACUGAGUUCUGGUGAGGAAUUUCCAAACGAUUUCAAAGCGACAAUACCCCCCACGAUAAACCAUAUCAAACAGUGUUACAAGAACAUAAAUGCCUUUGAAGGCGGAUCAAACAAGGAACUGAACAAAGUGCUUAUGGAUAUUGAGGAAGUGUGCGAUGGGAUAAGUAGAGUGGCAGAGUACGGGAAGAAAUGCUUACCACCAGGCGAAGAAUAUCUAGGUGAAGAUGUUGCCGUUUUGUGCUCCGAUUUUGAUCCAGAUUUCGAACCCAGCAUCACAAAAGUGUCCCUAAGUGAGUAUGAGGAGGUAACCAAAACCAACGAUCUCCUCCCCACAGAGGUUGUUGGUGUAUACAAGUUAUGUGACAUUACACGUGACAUCAAAGUCAAAGUAGAUAUCAGACGACUGCCUGCUACGUCACACGUAGGGGGGAAAAUCGUGAAAAAAGGUGCAAAGCCUGUGCCAAUAAAAGAAAAAGACAUCAAAGUUCAGGGUAUGGUGAUUGAAUGUCCAAUUAUUUCUGGCGUGGAAUUUCUUCUACUUUACUACAAGUUCCCAUUUGUUGAAAGAAAGCUUUCGAAAGCAGAGGCUAGAGAUGGAGUUGUCGUGAAUGAGGAAACUUCUUGUAAGAUUAGGAUUCCUGCAACAGACAUUCAGGGGGAGGUCAAUGUAAAAUAUAAGGAGUACAACAUUGAAAAAGAUCGAGUGGAAGGAUACAAGAAUGAAAAUCCGGAGGAGUUUGGGUGUUUUGAAAUAUCAAAUGGUCUACACAUAGAUGCCGACAACAAUUCAACAGGCGUUGUCGUAGAAUUCAAAAAUAAAAAUGUAACCAAAGAGUCAAAAUACUUUAAGAUACAAGUGAAAAUGGAGGGUGGAAAACGAAGAUGGGAUGCAGAAAGCGUAACGUGCACAGAAGGAAAGGGAAUGGUAUCAAUCGAAGUUGAAAAAAAAACAACGACCUACAUCGUCACGGUAAAUGGCAAUAUCCCAUCUCCUACUGAUGACCAACCAACCGAUCUACCUAAACUAGUGAGAGAGAAAUCUCUCACCCUCCUAGGAGUCCAAUCCCAAUGUAAAGCUUUAAUACUGUACAGAAUUCCUCACUAUGAUGAGUUCGAUGAAAACGAAGAUGAUGAGAUUGAACUACGCGUGGAGUGUAUUGAGUCCCAAAGGUUCUACCUCCACAAUAGGGCAGAAAGCCAAAGGAAGAAUGGAAAUUGGAUUCAGUUUGUAGAUGGCGAUGAAUCUUCAGAUUUUUUGAUAAAAGAUAGAAGUAAAAUAGAGGUUGUAAUCAAAGGGAUAUUGAAGGCGUCUGAUCAUUAUAUUGGGAAGAAAGAAUUGCAGUUCUUAAAGGGUAGCAGCUGUUUCAUUGAAAUACCAUUGACGGUAACAAAGAAAACCAAAGGAAAAGGAUGGGUAUACUGUUAUAGGAGUGAUAAACCUGUUCAUUGGAAGAGCAUAACCUGGGAUCAGAUAGUAAAACGUUACACAGAGGCAAUGGAAGCACCAAAGACAAUAUCUAAAGAUGAAAGGAAGCUGAAACAUAAAGGUUGUGAAGACAAUCAGAAGACCAUGGAAAGUCGCGUCAAGGAAAAUAUGAAAGUUGUUGUGCAGGAGAUAUUUAAGAAAUUGACGCAACAGGAAAAGGAUGGCAUUCAGGAGAACCAUAUGUUCAAAGGGAUCGGAGGUCAGCAAGGCUUAGUUGAUAGAUUUGUCGCACGCGCCAAACAAGAGAAGAAUGGCUUCAGGUUUCUGAUGAAUGUGCUGAGAGAAGUCGGUCGAAAUGAUCUUGUACAGGAACUCACUGAAAGGGCAGAGGUCUACGGCAACCCAACCUAAAUUUGAUCUUUCAAAAUGAACUAGAUAUCGAAGUUAAUUUUUUACCUCUGCAGUUUUGAGUAUUUAUGCUUUUUACCUUUUGUAUGAACGGACAAUAAUGCUGUACAAGUAUGUACAACGAACAAUAAAAAAAUAGAAACUAGCGCUAUGACCACCAUAACCCAAAUGAUAACGUCACUUGAUUAAGAUUACACUGUCCUAUGUUACAUCAAUUAGGAUAUCACAUUCAUAUUCUUUAGUUUGCUUUGAAAUAUCGUACGGGCACAAUUUGAAAAAAAAGAGUUUUCUGAAGAUGGAGGUCUUUCUCUCUUUAAACGUCAUAGUUCACGGAGGGUUCAAGUGGCACGCAAUUCUUUGAUCGGUUACUGCAUUUGAUUUCCGCCGAAAAUCUAUUUUAAGUAAUUUUGAGCUUUUUGUGUUCGGCGUAAGAUUUGAAAAAUGUAGUGACUUCGCCGCCAAACGCUGGGCAUUUUAACGUAAGAGGUGCAGACUUUCAGCUGAGACCUUAAAAGUGAGUUUCGUGUCGCUACAGGCGUUGGAAUGAUAAAGAACUUACACUGCUACAGUCAUGCAUGGUUUGUGCUAAUUAAUUCACUUACAGAUGAUGACGUUUCAAUAUGAGUUAAUUAUCUGGAAGAGACGUAUUGUAAACAAUCAAAAUAAACGCUUGUGUGAGCAGAAGCAAACAAAAUGUUUUAUUUUCAUAGUUGGUUAUCUUUCAUAUUUUCUGUGUUAUGCAUAUUAUCUAUAGAUUUGUGCUUUUAUACUAGUAUUGAUUGUAUGGCUUUUAUGUAACAUUCAUGGUGAUUAAAAUCUUUUUACAUGUU